UGAUUUUGUCAACAAAGAGCUUAUAUUGUUUUCUAUGGAAGAUCUUCAACGGUCAAUUCCUUCAAUGGUUGAUGGCCUAAAACCAGGUCAAAGAAAGAUCCUUUUUUGUUCUUUCAAGCGCAACUUUGGGAAGGAAGCAAAAGUUGCUCAAUUCUCUGGAGGUAGUCUAUACCGCCUCAUCCAUAGGGCAGAUGCUGGUGAAGUUUUGGACCAAAGGAGGCGCUUACGCAUGGCUCUGGAUGUGGCCAAGGGUAUUAACUAUCUUCAUUGUCUUAGCCCUCCGGUAUGUGAUUUUGGGUUGUCCAGAUUCAAAGCAAACACUUUCAUAUCGUCAAAAUCUGUUGCUGGAACAGUAAGUCUCCCUCUCUCUCUCUCUCUGUCUCUCUGAGCAUGAAGUUAUAUUAUUGGACCAGAACAUAAAAUAAAACUUACUUCUGAGCAUAAAGUUAUAUUAUUAGACCAGAACAUAAAAUAAAACUUACCGAUGAGAAUGCUAGUCAUGCCUACUGACUUGAGCUGGACCUCC